AUGCUCGCAGCAGGUGUGUUUACGGCUUUGCCCGUUUAUUUCGACCUGUUCUGCUACCAAUGGUACUACGCAUUGUGCUGGAUGUGGUUCGCCAUCGGUGCUUUCAUGCUUGUGUUCGGCAUCGUCUACGAGGCUUGCUGCAUCCCAAAAGCUGCACAGGCGAGGGAAUUCCAAGGGGUGGAAGAGAAUGGCGACGGCCCUUUGUCAGCACCGCUGCACGACCUCAACGGCAAUGGGCUUCUAGAGAUCGAGGAGCUCGUGCAGUUGAAUUCCAAGGUGGCUCUGCUCCAUCGCGGAAGAGACGUCAACUUGCUGGCCGUGAAAGCCAGGUACCGCAAGCUCUUCAAGGAGCGCCUUGAUCCGGAAGGUUAUCCUGUGAAGCGGCUUUCUCAGGUCCUGAUUCUUGGUGGUCUCCUGCCGAUCCCUGACUGCAAGGUAUGA